AUUUGUUUUUCUUUGAUUCCACACAAUCAAACCCUCCAAACCCUGAAAGAGGAGAAUGAAGCUCUGAGGAAAAAUCUCUCAGAUGAGACACGUCUGAAGUGUGAAGCAGGCUGGGAGCUUCAUGGAGAAAAGUGUUAUUAUUUCACCACCACUAAAUCCUCCUGGAACAACAGCAGAGAUGGAUGUAAACUUAAAGGAGGAGACCUGGUGAAGAUAGACAGCAGGGAGGAGCAGGAAUUCCUGGAGGCAAGACUGAGAGAGAAAAUGGAGGAAGCUGAGGACAAGUUCUGGAUCGGACUGACAGACUCAGAGGAAGAAGGAAGAUGGUUGUGGGUGGACGGAUCGUCUCUGGACACACGUUUGCAGUUUUGGCACAUCAAUCAGCCGGAUAACUAUAAUGGAAAAUAUCCUGAUGGAGAGGACUGUGUGAGGAUGGGGGAGAAAGGAGGAGCUGCUGAUCUGAAGUGUUGGUUUGAUCGAGUCUGCAAUGACCCUCAGAAAAGUCUUUGUGAGAAAGCAGCAGCAACUAGAAGAAUUUAA